AUGAGACCCUAUGAAUGUGAGGAAUGUAGAAAGUCUUUGAAUAGUGGCCCAGACUUUAUACAACAUCAGAUAAUUUUAACUAGGGAGAAAUAUAAUAAAUUUAAGGAAAGUCAGAAGGCCUUUACUAAUGCCUCACGUUUUUUUCUACAUCAGAACAUUCAUACAAGUGAGAAGUCCUUUAAAGGUAAUUAUUGUGUUAGAGAAUUUAAUAAUGGUACAGCCCUUAUUCGUCAUCAGAUAAUUCAUACUGUUGAGAAACCCUAUGAAUGUAACGAAUGUGGAAAGGGCUUUAGUACUAGUUCAAUAUUUAGAGUACAUCAAAGGAUUCACACAGGUGAGAAGCCCAAUGAAUGUAAAGAAUGUGGAAAAGCCUUUCAUCAUUCCUCAUACCUUAGUCAACAUCAAAGAAUUCAUACUGGUGAGAAACCUUAUGAAUGUAAGUAUUGUGUUAGGGCUUUUAGCAAUGUUUCUGCCUUUAUUCGGCAUCAGAGGAUUUAUACUGGUGAGAAACCCAACAAAUGUAAGGAAUGUGGAAGAGCCUGUAGUACUGUCUCAAUACUUACAGCACAUCAAAGAAUUCAUUCAGGUGAGAAACCCUAUGUUUGUAAGGAAUGUGGGAAGGCCUUCACUAGAGAUUCAGUACUUACACAACAUCAGAAAAUUCACACUGGUGAGAAAGGCUGGGAAUGUAAUGAAUGUGGGAAAGUUUUAAAUUGUGUAAUAUACCUGACUUGGCAUCAGUGAAUUCAUACUGGUGAUAAACCAUAUACUUGUAACAAAUGUGGGAAGGCCUUUCUUCAUUCUUCAGACCUUAUUCUGCAUCAAAGAAUUCAUGCUGGUGAGAAACCUUAUGAAUGCAAGGAAUGUAGGAAGGCUUUUGCAAGAAGUUCAAAUCUUAAUCACCAUCAGAAAGUUCAUAAUGGUCGGUCCCAUAUUGAACUCAAGUUGGAAGAGGCAAGUCCG